CGGCCGGGUGGGGCGGCGCGCGGGGCAUGCUGGGAGGCCGCUGCCAGGCGCCAUGCGUCGUUUUUUGCCCGGCUCUGGUGUCCCCUCAGGAAGGAGGGCCGGCGGCGGGUGCUUGUUCCCCGCCGAGCCUCUUGCCACCGUUGCUGCUUAAAAACCCGGUGGCAGCAGCAGGAGAAGGCGAGUCCUUGAUCUUCCCAUUAUAUCAAUGCUGAAUUGUUUUUAUUUUUUUUAUCAAUUUUAUUUUUUUUAAGGGAUGGUUUUCUCCCUGAGUUUUCAGCUGCGUUGCAGUCAGAAGCUCAACAGACAGGUUUGUGUGUUGAGACGCCCCUGCUCACCAGCUAUGGGGGUCCCUCCCCAACCACAAAAAGGAGCCCAGAAGAAGGAAGAAAGGAAACGAACCUUGCCUGCCUCCUCAUCCAAGGAGGGGCGGCCCAAGGAAAACAAGAGAGAGCCUGCUUCCUCAACCCAGGAGGGGCAGCCCAAGGAAAACAAGAGAGAGCCUGCCUCCUCAACCCAGGAGGGGCAGCCCAAGGAAAACAAGAGAGAGCCUGCAUCCUCAACCCAGGAGCGGGGGCCCAAGGAAAGCAAGAGGGAACCGCUGCCCAAACUGGAGCCUGCGGCAGCUGAGUAUUUCCGUCGGGCUCACGAGACGUUGAAAUCUGGGUUUGACUCUGAUGAGGAGAAAGCCCUCUUUGUCAGCAACGUCCUGGUGGAGGCGGAAGCCGUGGCCCUCCCUCUGGCCCUGGACACAGCCGGCUCUCUGCUCCUCCAGGCCCUCCUCCCUUCCGCCUCUGCGCCCAGCCUGAGCCGCCUGCUGCGGGCCUUCCUCCCCGCUCUGCGCCUGGCCGCCUGCCACCCCUGCGGGGCUCACAUCCUGGAGGCCGCCCUGCUCAGAGCCCCGGUCCUGAUUUCGGAGGGAGCAGAGGAUGCUGAGGAGCUGGAGGACCAGGUCCUGGAGCUGGCGAGGGCCAUGCAGGAGGAGCUGCCAACCUUUGCCCAGGACAUCCACGCCAGCUUCGUGGUGCGGACGCUGCUGCAGGUGCUCGGAGGGGUCCGGGUCAGGUCGGACGGGGGACGGGGACUCCCGGGGUCAGGGUCUUCUUUCUCCAGGGCCAAAAAGGCUAAACUGGAGAGCGAUGGGCCUUCGGAAUUUGAGGUCCCAGAAACCUUCCAGUCCCUCCUGGGCGAAUUCAAAGGGAGCUUUCAGGAGCACAUUCCAAGUUUCAUCACCAACAAGUAUUUCAGCCUCUGUCUCCAGGUGGCGCUGGAGGUCUUGCACCGGAAGCUGCCAGCGGACUGCUCGGAGCUGUGCCACUCGAUGAUUGGCUACUUGAGCUCCCGCAAUGUGUCUCCUGGGCAGAGAUUAAUUGCGUUCACUAUGACUCAUCGCCGUACUUUGGAACGCCCCGAAUACCACCAUCUGGUAGGCAAGCCUAAAACCAAAAGUCCCGUUUGGGUGCAUUUUGGCUUGCCUGCUGACGAAAGCGACCGCCUGGUGGUUCACAAUAUCGCCAUUUGUAAAAUAUGUUUGCAUUCCGUAUCGGUGAAGGGCGGAAACACCACCAAUCUCACUAGCCACCUCAAGCUGCACCACCCCCAGAAAUUUAAGGAGCUGCCGUCUUCAUCGGCGGGCAUUUCUGAUCAUUCGUGUAACAAUGCUGACGACCCUCCGGCUGCAGCAGCAGCAGCGGUCAGCACCUCCGAGCCUGCCAAAACCACCGCGGAAAUUCCUAGGAAACGGCAAAAAACGCUCUUGGAUUUUCAGCCACUCAGUUUUGAGACCCCCCGAUCUUGUAGCCAGGCCAUCACAGAAUACCUGGCUACCUGCAUGCAGUCUUACAACAUAGUAGACCACCCAAAAUUUAUCCAAAUGGUCAACACCCUGAACCCAAGGUACCAGUUGCCCAGCAGAAAAUACUUUGCAACCAAAGGCGUUCCGACGCUGUACAACGACACGGUGGAGAAAAUGAGGAGGGAAAUCGGUCGGGUGAAGGAGAGCGAGCUGGUCAUCACUACCGAUUGCUGGACGUCGGUAGGAGGCACACCGUUUUUGGCCGUGACGGUCCAUUUCAUUUCAGACGAGUGGAAACUGAUCAACGCUUUCUUGGGCUGCAAGCACUUUCUGAAGGACCACACCUCCGACAACCUCUGCGAGAUGCUGGCCGACACGCUGUCGGAAUGGGACAUAGACGUGAAGAACAUCUUUUGCAGCACGACGGACGAUAACGGCGCCAUUCUGAAAGCGGUCCGGCAGCUGGGCUUGGAGUACAUCUCUUGCUUUGCCCAGAACAUCAACACCGGCGUCGGCCGAGCUUUGAACCUGACGCCGCUGCGGAGGGCGAUCGUCAGGCUGAAAAGCCUGCAGAACACCAUUUGCCACAGCUGGAAGAUGAGACGAGACCUUGGUAAAGCCCAGGAGCUGCUUCAAAUGGAGAAAGUGAGCUUGCCCAGCGCUUGCCCCACAAAAUGGUGGAGCGUGCUUAAGCUCUGCCGGAGGUUUCUCGAAAACCAGCUCCCGGUUUGCAAGAUGCUGAUGGAUUACCCGUCCAAAAAGCAUUUGAUGCUGGAAGGCUGCGACGUCUCGGCUGUGCAGGACUUUGUCUCUGCGGCUACCCUCCUGGAAGACAUCACGACGACUCUUAGCGGGAGCAGCUGCGUCACGGCCUCCUCCGUUCUGCCUCUCUAUAGGCAAAUUAAGAAGCGUCUCCAGCCUGAGGAGGGAGACAGCACGCUCUUGCAGGACAUUAAACAAGAGAUUUUGGGCGCGCUGUCGGAAAAGUACGAAAACGGGCCCAUGGUGACCACUUUGGGCCUGGCCUCGUUGUGCGACCCCAGGUUUCGCCUGCGUUUCUUGGAGUCCCCAGAGGCCAUCAGGCAGGAGGCCAUACAAAAGAUGGCCGACUUGCACGCUGGUAGCCUGUCUGAGGAGCCAGACACUCAGCCUGAUACACCCAAAAAGGAAGGGUUGGCGAAAAUUUUCGAUUUGGAGGAAGAGGAGGACCUUUCGGGGGAUGGAUUUGAACCGCUGUCCGUCUUGAAAGCAGAAAAAGAGCUGAAAGGCUACAUGGCGAUGCCGAGAGUGAACUUUGAUGAUUCCCCACUGAUGUGGUGGAAGACGAAUGAGGCGUUCUUCCCAAUGUUGAAGGUGCUCGCAAGGAGGUUUUUGGCUAUCCCGGGGACGAGUGUGUCUUCCGAAAGUGUGUUCAGUACGGCCGGCAACGUUCUCCAGAAACAGAAGUCGUCUCUCUUGCCGGAGAACGCCGAAAUGCAAAUCUUCCUGGCGAAAAAUAUAAAUUUCGUUUGACAAGGUUUUCCACCCCCCCUCUGUUAAAAUUUAUCCAGGUUUACGAAAGAAAACGAACAAAACAGUCAAAUAACUGGUGUUGUGGGCUGUAUAUGCACAUUCAGCUAAAACUCUAUACUUGAAAUACCGAAAAGUGUGACGCAGAAUUGGCUUUUCCCCCCUUGUUCAGCAAUGUAGUUGAAUUGUUAGGGAGCGUUUUCUCACCUUGCCUUUGAUCUCUAUGCUGCUAACUCUUUAAUUUUAGAGAAAAUGUGCUGGUUAAAAAAAUUAUCAGUGCUGUGAAAUAACUGUUGUAACAGUAUGCUAAAGGUAAGUAAAAAUGUAUGCAUUUUGGACCCCUAAAUACCCGCAAUUGCCAGGACAUUCCCCUGUUUGCCUUGACAAAGCUCCAUCCUUCUUUCAGCCAUCAUGAUACACAGCGGUACCUCGGGUUACAGACGUUUCAGGUUACAGCUUCCGCUAACCCAGAAAUAGUGCUUCAGGUUAAGAACUUUGCUUCAGGAUGAGAACAGAAAUCGUGCUCCGGCGGCGCAGCGGCAGCAGCAGGAGGCCCCAUUACCUAAAGUGGUGCUUCAGGUUAAGAACAGUUUCAAGUUAAAAACGGACCUCCAGAACGAAUUAAGUACAUAACCCGAGGUACCACUGUAUCAGUAUGUUGCGAUGUUUCGCUGGUGAUAUGUCACAGUGUUGAAAAGCAGAUAUUGGCCAGCCCGGCCUAGGAGCUCACCACUCUCCCUUAGCCUAACCUACCUCACGGAUUAUUGUGAUUAUUGAUUGGGAGAAAGGGUGAAGGAAGCAGGUUGCAGAUUUGGUUUCUUUUGAGUGACAUUGACAGCUUCCUAACACACACACACAGUGGCGCUCGAUGCACCGACUGCAAAAAUAUAUCCAGGGAAAGGGAGUUUGAAAAAACCUUUUAAAAUUGUUUUGGAGGUUUAAUCUGAAAUUAGGAUGGAUUUAAGCUGGUUGGGGUCUCUGAUAUCUUCUCUCUUCCAUCGUGGAUGUCAGCUUCCAUAUGCAUGUUGUGGGUUAUCAAUGCUGUUGCUGCAAGUUUGUCACGGCCUUCCGCUAGAACAAUGAACUUAAAAACUAAACUCUGUAUCUUUUUUCAGGGACUGCUAAAAGCGUGUCUUGUUCAGGCAACCCUGCCCAGAUAAUGUAGGAUGCCGACACUGUUUUAAUCUGGUUCUUCAGCUUGUGGUUGACUUCCAGUUACUUUUGAGAGUUUUGUAGCUUUUGAAUUUCCUUGUUUUUUUCCUGUAAACCACUAUGACUUUGUUUGUUUUUUAAAAACAACAACAACAACCAAGCUGUAUAUAUAUAUAUAUAAUUUUAUCAAAUAAAUAAAUACCAAUGGGGAGCAAAUAAAACCAACAAAUAAAUUUA